AUGGAGGUGGAACUCACAGCUCCCAACGGCAGGAAGUGGACUCAGCCAUUGGGUCUCUUCAUCAACAAUGAGUUUGUCAAGAGCAGCAAUGAGCAGAAGCUUGCUUCCAUCAACCCCACAACCGAGGAGGAGAUCUGCUCCGUCUACGCUGCCACAUCUGAUGACAUCGACACAGCCGUAGCAGCAGCCCGCAAGGCCUUCAAGGACCCCUCAUGGAAGUCUCUCAGUGGCACCGAGCGCGGUGCCCUCAUGCUCAAGCUCGCCGACCUAGUCUCCCAACACGCCGAGACCCUCGCCACCAUUGAGUGCCUCGACAACGGCAAACCAUACACCACAGCCCUCGCUGAGAACGUCCCCGAAGUCGUCAAUGUAUUCCGAUACUACGGCGGCUACGCCGAUAAGAACUUUGGCCAAGUCAUCGACGUCGGCCCCGCCAAAUUCGCCUACACCGUCAAGGAGCCCUUGGGUGUAUGCGGCCAAAUCAUCCCCUGGAACUACCCCCUCGACAUGGCCGCCUGGAAGCUCGGCCCAGCCCUCUGCUGCGGCAACACCGUCGUCCUGAAGCUCGCCGAGCAAACCCCCCUCUCCAUGCUCUACCUCGCCAAGCUCAUCAAAGAAGCCGGCUUCCCUCCCGGCGUGGUCAACAUCAUCAACGGCCACGGCCGCGAAGCCGGCGCCGCUCUCGUCCAACACCCCCAGGUCGACAAGAUCGCUUUCACGGGCAGCACCGCCACCGGCAAGGAGAUCAUGAAGAUGGCCUCGGCCACCAUGAAGAACAUCACGCUCGAGACGGGCGGCAAGUCCCCUCUCAUCGUCUUUGAGGACGCCGACCUCGACCUUGCCGCGACGUGGUCCCACAUCGGCAUCAUGAGCAACCAAGGUCAGAUCUGCACCGCCACGUCCCGCAUCCUCGUCCACGAGGGCAUCUAUGACAAGUUCACCGAGGCGUUCAGGGCCAAGAUUCAAGAAAUUUCGGUGCUGGGCGACCCCUUUGAAGAAACCACCUUUCAAGGACCCCAAGUCACGAAACAGCAAUACGAGCGCGUUUUGUCAUACAUCGACAUUGGCAAAGAAGAAGGUGCCACUGUUUUCCUCGGCGGUGAAGCUGCUCCUCAAAGGGGCAAGGGGUUCUUUAUUGCUCCUACGGUGUUCACCAAUGUGAAGCCGACGAUGAGGAUCUACCGCGAGGAGAUCUUUGGUCCUUGCGUGGCGAUUGCUUCGUUCAAGACGGAGGAGGAGGCGGUUGAGAUGGCUAAUGAUAGCACUUAUGGGCUUGGGUCGGCGAUUUUCACGAGGGACUUGAACAGGGCGCACAGGGUGGCGAGGGAGAUCGAGGCGGGGAUGGUGUGGAUUAAUAGCAGUAAUGAUUCUGAUUUCAGGAUCCCGUUUGGGGGGGUGAAGCAGAGUGGGAUUGGGAGGGAGCUGGGGGAGGCGGGGUUGGCGCCGUAUUGUAAUGUAAAGGCUAUUCAUGUGAAUAUGGCGGCGUAG